UAACGAACAUCGCCGGAUACUUAUUCCCCAAGUCAAGGAAUUUUACGAAGCUGAAUCGUACACUUGGUUGCGGUUUUUCUAAAAUUGCCCUUUUUUCAGCAGCAAGUGAACAUUUGUUUAUUUUACCUCGUCCGCUGCUAAUAUCAUCGAGUCGAGUUGUGCUUUUAACAAUCAAUCGUUGAAAUGAAAAGGAUCAGCACAGUGUUCGGCAAAUCGCACCAGUACUAUAAACAGCUAGGUAAACAGUACAGCAACGGAGCAUUUUUACCGGGAUGCGAGUUUACGCCCUCGACUUACAAGGGAGCGAGUUACGAGGCGAUAGUAAAAUCUCGGGAGUGUCUCGUCAUGGCCACGCAGAAGCCCUUUUACAAAAAGCCCGUCCUCCUCCACGAGGGUAGAGCCCAGUGGCUCUGGGAUCACGAGGGCCGUCGCUACCUGGACAUGUUCGGCGGCAUAGCCACCGUGUCGGUCGGCCACUGUCACCCCAAGGUGGUGACGGCGCUUUCGGAGCAGUCGUACAAACUCGGGCACACGACGGCCAUCUACUAUCACCCGCGUUACCACGAGUACGCGGAGAAGCUCACGUCUACCCUGCCCUCGGAAUUGAAGUGCGUUUAUCUGACGAACAGCGGCUCCGAGGCCACGGAACUGGCCAUCCAGUUGGCUCGACUCUACACCGGUCGCACCCAAAUCGUGGCUCUCAAGAAUUGCUACCACGGGGGCACGGGCAUCGCCGCGGCUACCACCGCCAUGGCCUGCUACAAGUACCCCCUGCCGACCCUACCCGGACACAUUCACGUGACGAACCCGGACGUUUAUCUGGGGCCAUGGGGCGGCUCGAACUGCCGAGACAGUCCGGUCCAGCCGGGAAACCGUAGGUGCGACUGUUUGCCGAACAAGUGCGAGGCCGAGGACAAGUACUUUGAGGAGUUCCAGAGCAUCUACAAGUCGCUCAUCCCCUUCGACGGAAAGAUCGCGGCAUUCACCGCGGAGAGCAUCCAAGGUGUAGGGGGCACGGUCCAGUACCCCCGAGGCUACCUCAAGCGAGUGUACGAGCAGGUGCGCAAGGCAGGUGGCCUGUGCAUAGCCGACGAGGUGCAAACGGGCUUUGGGCGCACGGGGGAGCACUUUUGGGGCUUCGAGGGCCACGGCGUGCGCCCCGACAUCGUGGUCAUGGCCAAGGGCAUUGGCAACGGUUACCCCCUCGGGGCCGUCGUCACGACGCUUCCGGUCGCCCAGGCGCUCUCCAAGGCCCUCUACUUCAACACUUUUGGCGGCAACCCGGUCGGCUGCGCCGUCGGCUCGGCUGUUCUCGAUGUGAUAGAAGAGGAGAAUCUGCAGGAGAACGCGAGGAUCGUAGGUACGCGGAUAAUUGAGGCUUUGGCGGAGCUGCAGGGGGAGUUUCCCGACGUCGUCGGGGAUGUCAGGGGCAAGGGCUUGAUGAUCGGAGUCGAGCUGGUGGCCGAUGCCGAGACGAGGGAGCCGCUGCCGGCAGAUCAGGUGGCCCAGAUUUUCGAGGACAUCAAGGACGCCGGCGUGCUGAUCGGCAAAGGAGGGGUCAACGGGAAUGUGUUUAGGAUCAAGCCGCCGCUGUGCGUAACCAAGGAAGACGGGGAAUAUACCGUUGAUGCUCUGAGAUCAGCAUUGAAGAAGCAUCGAGAAAGUCGGCGAUUUUAAAAAUACAAUCGAGGAAUGAAAAUAACCCAAAGACAUGCGCUGCAUGAAUAUUUCAGCCCAACGUAUAAAAAGUUAAUGUUACUCAUAUCAUGUAUAUGUAUAUUAUAGAUGAAGAUUCAAUCAAAUGAUGUCGUA